AAAUAGCUUCAACUGCGAUUCAGUCUGUGACUGUAGAUGCAACAACAACCACAAUGGCAACAGAUAAGCCUCUAGUGAAAACUACACUGUCACCAAAGUCUACAACAGAUAUGACGUCAGGGUUUGCUCCAGCUGACGUCACGACAGCCCCAGCUGGAAAGAAAAACGACGAGGUACCAAGUCCCAACUUGAAUGCAGCAGCAAUCGGAGGCGGCGUUGCAGGCAGCCUUGCUAUUGUUGCGUUACUCAUAGUUGCAGCUUUCAUAUGGAAAAGAACUCACCUACACAAUCCUGUUCAAAGAAGAGCCAGUUCAGGCCGCCGAUCAAGAAGAACAGAAUCCCAGGUUGGUUAUGAUGAUUUACAAAAUCCUAUAUUUCCAUUUCACUGACCCCUCGCGCAUAUUCCUAGAAAAACUGUGAAUAGGAUUAAGACGAAUACGGUUCACGUAGCACGCAAUACUAGAGCUGAUUGCACUCAGAGAUCAUUGCUAUGACUGCAGGAUAUUUAUAGUGCAAUUAAUGAA